UCAUGAAAUGCUGGUAUUGCAGUGAAAGCAACUGAAUUUUGACAGUAAUCUCGCACUCAAGUAUUUCUUCUAUGUCCUUCCCUGUAAAACAUAGAGGUAUACGAACACACACAUGCCUACACACUGAAAUUCACAGGUGCACACACACACACAUUUACAUACAGCACCAGGAAAUGUAUAUACGAUAGAUGCAAGGAAGUAGAAAAGGAUCACUAAAGAUCAAUAAACAGGAAAAAUAUGAGAUACUUUCUGCUUUUAAUCAGUUUUUGCAUAACGUACAAACAAGCAACUUCGCAAGGGAUAAGAAAACCGUGUCAGCAGAAAAUACCUCUUGGACCGAAAUGUUAUAUCGUAGAGGAAGGUUGCUUGAUACGCGGCGUUUGUGUGAAAUAUGGAACAAAAGUAGAUGCAAUUCCAUUUUGUAUGACUUAUGUUUGUGAAAGAAGAGGUCAUGGAUCUUUUGUGCGGCAUAAAGUAACCGGAUGUUACCGGGAUGGUGUUUGUUAUAAAAAAGGUCACAGAAUAACAGAAAGAGGCAGAUGUAUGUACCAUACCUGCAUGCGUACCCUAUACGGUAGAUAUGUGUGGAGAGCGACAUAUACUGGUUGUUUACUGAAUCGUGUAUGUCACAGUAUUGGCACGAAAAUACAAACAAGAAACCCUUGUUAUUCUAUACAUUGCAUACAUAUGUAUCCAUCGUAUAUUGGAUGGCGAGGAAAGCUUGAUGGUUGUUUAAUAGACAGUGCUUGUCGGAAGGUUGGAGAGAAAGUAUAUUCAGAAAAUCUUUGUGCUGAAAGAAUUUGUAAAAUGGACCAGAAUGGAUAUCAAGUUUACACUAAUCGCACUGGUUGCAGAAUAAACGGUAGUUGUCAGGACGCUGGAACGAGAAUAAAAUCUGAAGAUGGAUGUGUUGUGAGUAUUUGUGACAGAAUGGGGAAAGGAUUUGGACAUUAUACUGAAGCAGCCGGUUGUAUUUUGAACAACAAAUGUUAUCCUCCAGGAUGGCAACAUCAAGAAAGCUCCUGCAUCUCUUUUAAAUGCCAAAGUAGCUAUAAAGAAUAUUACUGGGAGAAAAUAAUACGUUGCUGAUAUGAAAACGUUGAUGUACCAUAUUUGAACCUAGAGAUAUAUAUGAGUUCAAAUAAUCAAGUUAACAUCAGUUGUAAGAUAUACACAGAGCGCGUGAACGUAAAUAAAAACCAGGAUUGAAGAUAUAUAUGAGUAUUCAGGACAUGGACAAAAUCGAACACAUAUACACAGGGUGUGUUGUUAGUUCGUAGUUCGGCUGCUAGGGAAUACAUUCUGAAAACGCCCGGUGAUAAAAACACCUGAAAGUAAAAACACCUGGCGCAUUGGGAAUAAUAUUCCCUUAAGCCUAAAAUGCAGCCAACGCACGAGCUAACAGCACAUACACACCUUGUGCAUGUGUGUUCGAUUUUGUUUAAAUACCUCGAGCAGCUUCUAAUUCAUAUCAGUACGGAGUUAUCAUAACAGUUAUUGUUAACAAUUAAUUUAGUAGUUUCAUUAAAUGUUUUUUUUUCAAAUACAAUGACAACUGCAAUAAUCUUUGUAGCAUGAUGAUAACUUCUUAAAGAGCUGUGCAUGAAACAAUUGGGCCCGCUUUAUGGAGUUUCAAAUAACCAAAGUGUUAGCGUGCAAAGUUCAGUCAAUAAAUGUAUAAGCGAAAGAUGACAUCACACCUAAGCAAUUUAUUUCUGUAGGAAACAACACACCUAACUUGUAAUUUUUAUAUUUUUAUAGUUUUGAAAAUAUCAUCAAUGCUUAAUAAAUUAUAUUGAAAAUAAACUUGAGUAUUUCAAUCA